UACCAGUGCAAAGGUCCGAAAGCUUGCUUCUGGCGAUCCUUCUUGGGCUAAACAACCUGAUAUGAUCGGGAAGAUUGUCAAUAAUGAAAAAUUUGUUUAUGAAGCGAUGUUUGGAGAAGUAACAGGCGAGGGUAAGAACAACAUGGAAAAGAAAAACCUAAUUGAUCUGAUUAGGUUGGGAUUAUUUAUGAAGGACUCGCUAGAUAUUAUUCUACAAAAAAAUGAUAUUAAUCGUGUUUUUGCUUGGCAAGUCAUCGUGACAGAGUGGACCGGUUAUUUAAUGACAUUAAUUUCUCCUGGAGUCUAUCUUAUGAUAGAUACUGGUGUUAAUGUGGAAUUGCCAAGAUCUUUUGAAACAUGCUGUAUGUUUUUAAAUGGAUUGGAUACACUGCGUGCAUUCGAGCUGGCAUAUGAACAAAUGGUGAAGGAAAUCCUUUUGGCAAUAAAUAAGAAUGAAGAAGACCCUGAGAAUAAUAAGUUCAAAACAUGGCAUCGACCAACACUUGGGACACCAGCGUUCAAAAGAAUCGUCAAAUUAAAAUGA